GGUGAAAAAUUGCCUAGCAUACAGUUCCGAACUCAUUGCUCGCGGUCUUGCUGGAGCUGCAACGAAAAUGCGGUAUAUAAAGCUUACAUCAAUACUACUAAGCUUUGGAAUCAUCGAGUUUUGUUCUGCAGCGAUAAGUACAUAUGAUGGUAAGCCUGGUUGUAAGACACUUGGAGAAAUUGGCAAUCUGUACAGGCAUUUCUGGGAUCCGAUACGUUACUUUCGCUGUAUUGCUCUGAAUGUAGAACCUCUGCAGGAAACAUGCCCUGAUGGCAGUGGCUUUCAACAGAGUCUAAGUACCUGUGUGAUGUGGCGAGUUUGGAAAUGGGAGAUACCUACGUAUCCACCGAGUUGCCCGGACGGUGUAAUGUGUUUAUCAACUGAGAAAAGGCUGCCCAUACUUGUAUCACCGGCAGAACCAUACGCCUCUGUGCCAGGGAUGCCACCAUCGUCGGAGACAUUCGUGCCAUCAAGUCCAUUCCUGCAACCGUCAGCAUUAAUAAACUCACGAUUUGGCUAUCGCCCAGCUUGGCAAGUAGCUGAACGGCCAUUAGUACAAUCAUCUCGUAUCCCUGGAGCGUCAUUGCUGCAGUUAUCUUCCACGCAGCCAUGGGCUUCUGCGCAGCCGCUGGUGUCCGUGCAGCCGUUUGCUUCCGCACAGCCGUUGGCUUCUAUUCAGCCACUGACAUCCCUUCAGCCGUUACCUUCUGCACAGCCGUUAACUUCUACACAGCCGUUAUAUUUUCCACCCACUAACACUCCUCAGAUUUCCUAUGACCCACACAUUUUAACUCCCAUACAGCCACUGUCCGUGAAUGGUGGAAUUAUUUAGUUUGAUAAGAGAAACAUUUUUAAUAAUUUAAUCAUAACGAAAAUAAAUGAAUUUAACUAUG